UGAUGUGCGAAUAUAAUCCCAGUCUCCAUGAGCAGCUGCUUGGCGUGGCUAUCAACGAGAGCCUAGCGUUUUCAUUCUGUUACUCAAAUAAAUUCAGUUCCGUAAACACGUCAGUUAUCCAACAAACAAAAAGCUUGGACAAACUAACGAAAUAACCCCUCAAAAUAAAUCUCAUAUUCCCCUAAUCAUAAGUCAAGUGUAAAUAAUAUAACGAUUUAAGUCAGGGGCAUUGAACAAAUCAAUCGUAAAAUGACGGAUUUGACGGAGGUGAAGAUGAACGUAGCAGCCCUGAAACGCGUUGAUCCGUACAUCAGGGAUAUCCUGGAGACAGCUACUCACGUUGCACUGUAUACUUUUAAUGCUGAUAACAAUGAGUGGGAGAAGACAGACAUUGAGGGAGCAUUAUUCGUUUAUUCCAGGACCGGAGAGCCCUAUAAUAGUAUCUUGAUUAUGAACCGCCUAAACACAAAUAACCUGGUGGAACCAGUCACCCAGGGACUGGACCUCCAACUCCAGGAGCCCUUCCUACUCUACAGAAACGCCAAAUGCAACAUCUAUGGUAUUUGGUUCUACGACAAAGACGAGUGCGUGAGAAUUGGCUCGAUGCUGAAUAAACUCGUCAAGGUGUCUGACGAGAAUCGCAAGACAGUGGGAAAUUCAGGGGGAAAGGGCAAGAAGGGAGGCAAGGCAGCUACCAACAAUGUCGAUAUAUUCAGUAUGCUAAGCAAAGCGCAGGAGGAUUUCAACACUACCAAAGGGUCUGCGAAGAAAUCGGAUGGCAAUGGCGUUGGGAACAGUAGCAUGAGUGAAAAUGCUGGUAAUAUUGCACCUCUUUCGGCACCACUGGGGCUCGACGUCACGUCCCAGAGUGUUAUGGACUUUUUUGCUAAGGCGAAGGUGAAUACAGGACAUUUCAAACCCGGUGACCAGCCCUCGCCAAGUGUCCACGCAGUAACUGAGACGAAGCCCUUCCUGGCGCGACUGAUGUCCUACCCAGCAGCCCACACACUAGAACACAUCGAAAAGCAGCAGAGAUCAAUCACCCCUCAGCCACUACAGCCAGCAGUUCCCUCGAUCCUCCCCCCAGCAAUAGUUCGCACACAGAAAUAUGUAGCCCAAAGCACACCGGCCAGUAAACCGAAGAAACAGAAUAAAAUGACACCACAGCAGGAGUCUGUAGUGUCCACCCUGAAUUCAGUUUCUCAGGAGCUUCAGAGACAAACGAAGAGUGCUAAUGACACCAAUGGCUCCAUGAGCUUCCACAGGAUACAGUCACCUACUACCCCGUCCACUGUACUCAAUCAGGCAACUAGACAUGGGAUUUUCAACAUUGGGGGACAGACUAUUGAUUGUACAAGAAAUGUGCACGACGAUUCAAUGGGAACGGGUUCUCUCCCAGAAGCCGUCUCAGCUCUGCCCCUGUCCUUCGUCAACCUGGGUAUGGACUGCAAGCCAAGUGACUUCACCUCCCCCACAAACCCCCACCCCCCUCUGGGAAAUGCCUUCCUCCAGGCAUCGGAAGAGACUCCCACGAGACAUCUCCACGGUGUCGCCUCAGCCCCAGCCCUCAUCCCCCCAGUAAUGUUCUCGGCCCCAAGUCCCUCGGAGCCUCCCAACAGACCCCUGGAGCCCCUCACUAGGAAUCAAUUACUCCAGGCCUUUAACUAUCUCCUCAAGAACGAUCCAGACUUCAUCAACAAACUCCACGAGGCGUACGUCAAGUCCUUCAGUGAAAUUCUGUCCUAGAUCUCAGUCGAUGGAUUUUUUGUGAUUCUUUUUUAUCGUAAUUUUUUGAAAAGUCGAUCGAUCGGCUAUUUAAUCGAUCGACUAUCGAAGGUUUUGACGAUGGAUGAGACUUAUUGGGAAUUGAUACGGGCAUGCAACGAUAUUGUAGAGAAGAAUGAGAGGAUGUGAAGAUAUGGAGAAUGAAGUAGGAAAAUAAGGGCUGAGGAGGAAAAUCCGGUGAAAAUGUGGGUAAAAUGAUGAAUUUGCGGAGUGUGUCGGCCAAUUUUAUGAACAAAAGUGAAUGAAGUGGAAAAAAUGACGGAAACGUGGGUCAAAGUGCGGAAAAAUUUCAGGAAAUGGGUCAAAUUGAAAAAUUUGUGGGGAAAAUUGGUUCAGCUGGAAAAUACGAGGGAAAUGUGAGUCAAACUGCGGGGAAAUGUGGGUCAAAUUGAAAAUUUUUAUGAAAAAUGUGAAAUAAAUUUAAAGACGAAGAGCUAAAGUAAAAAUUCGGCGAAAAUGUGGGCAAAACUGAUAAAUUUAGGGUGUGUGGGCCAAUUUCAUAAACAAAGAAUGGAAUGAACUGGAAAACGUAAAGGAAAUGUGAGUCAAAUUGCAAAAAUUUCCAGGAAAAUGUGGGUCGAAUUGAGAAAUUUGAUGGAAAGUGCGAGAUAAAUUUGUAAAUCUUCGUGGAAAAUUGGUCCGCAAGGUAAAUAUAAGUAUGUGGUCAAACCACAAACAGAUUCCAAGAAAAUGUGAGAGAAUUGGGCAAAACUAGCCCAACAGAAAAAUUCCAAGAAAACAUGGGUCAAAUUGCAAAAUUGAAGAAAAGUAUGAGAUGAACUAGAGAAUCUGUGGAGAAAAUUUUCUCCACAGGCGAAUACGAGGGAAAUGUGGGUCAAACUGCAUAAAAAUUCCAGGAAAAAUGGGUCAAAGUGAAAAGAUAAAUUGAAAAAUCUGGUAGAAAAUAGCUCCAAUUGGAAAAAAUGAGGAGAUUAUGGGGCAAAUCGUGAACAAAUCCCAAGGGAAUGUGGGUCAAAAUGAAAAAUUGAUGAAAAGGGGGAGAUAAAUUUAAAAAUCUGUGUGAAAAAUUAAUCCAGCCGAAAAAUAUGAGGGAAAUAUAUAUCGAACAGCAUAAUAAUUCCACUAAAAUGUGGGUCAAAUUUAAAAAUUUGAUAAAAAGUGUGACAGACUGGAAAAUCUCUGGAAACAUAUUAAAAGAAAGAAGGAAGAAAAAAUCCAAUUUUCGUUCUUUUUUUUUAAGAAGACGAAUAAAAGAAAUCGAA